AUGAGGAUUGAUAAGGAAACUAUUGGCAUACUUCUACAAUUUGAUGAGUUUUUCAUAAGAAAUAUUUCUAGAUUAGAUAAGAGUUUGCUAAAUGGAAAUAAUGUACUAUUGAUCCCUGGAGAAGGGCCAGAAUUACUUAAAGAAAAAGAAAAAAUGAAUUGGCAUGUGCUGGCAAUGUCACAACACCAUUUCUUAAGGAAUUUCUGCUAA